AUGAUCGGCUUUACAGUAGGUGAAAAUAGGCUCUCAGGUCGAAUACCACCAUCAAUCUUUAAUUUGACUUCUCUACAGUCACUAGGCCUGUAUGCAAAUAAGCUACAAGGGGAAUUGCCGCUUGAUAUUGGUGCCCCCCUCCCUGAAAUUAUUGUUUUUACGCUGGGCCAGAACAUGCUUGAAGGUCACAUCCCAGCUUCGCUAGGCAACGCUUCAGGGCUAGAACUGAUAGAUUUAUCAUCUAACAGUUUCGUUGGAGAAAUUCCUACUUUUGGAAAGCUACUAAACCUUGAGUACUUAAACCUUGGGCAUAGUAUACUUGAAUCAAGUGAAAGCCAAAGAUGGGAAUCCUUGUAUGGACUAACAAACUGUAGUAAUCUGUUUAUGCUGUCAUUAGAUAAUAAUCAGCUGCUAGGAGCCAUACCGGAUUUGGUCGGUAAGUUGUCCACUCACCUUAUAAGUCUACACCUGAGUGGAAACAACCUAUCAAGAAUUGUUCCUUCAAGCCUAGCAAACCUGACUAGCAUAAUCGAUUUGGAUCUUAGCAACAACAGUUUAACUGGUACAAUUGAAGGAUGGUUGGGGAGUCUCAAAAACUUACAAUCUUUAGAUCUUCAUGGAAAUAAUUUCGUCGGGUUCAUCCCACCAUCUUUUGGCAACCUUUCAGAACUAACUAUACUUUCUUUAGCACAAAAUGAAUUUAAAGGUCACAUACCUUCCACAUUGGGAAAACUUUCACAACUUUCAAGGCUGGACCUUAGCUAUAAUAAUCUGCAAGGUGACAUACGUCCAGAAAUUAGUGAGCUUAAACAACUCAUUGCACUAUAUCUCUCUUCUAGCAGACUUUCGGGAAAAAUUCCCGAUGAUCUGGGCAAGUGUCAGGGCCUCGUAACCAUCCAAAUGGACCACAAUAAUCUCACAGGUGUCAUUCCAACCUCUUUGGGCAACCUUUUGAGCUUGGAGAUGCUCAACCUGUCCUAUAAUGAUUUAUCAGGUGUCAUCCCAACAGUUCUAAGUGACCUUCAACUUCUUAGCAAGUUAGACCUAUCUUAUAAUCGUCUCCAAGGAGCAAUCCCAAGAAACGGAGUGUUUGAGCACCCCGCAAACGUUUCACUUGAUGGCAACCAGGGACUUUGUGGACGGGCAACCGGUUUCCAUGUGCCCUCAUGCCCAGAUGCCUCGCCAAGAACAGGAAGACACUAUCGUUUGAUUAUGGUGUUGAUCCCAAUAAUUGGCUUCCUGUCGCUGGCACUGUUGACUUGCUUUAUAAUCCAUGAGAAGAUACCACAAGCAACAUUUUCGUUGUUUCCUUCUCUCGGGGAGAAAUUCCCUAGAGUUUCUUACUGGGAUCUAGCUCGAGCGACAGGCAACUUCUCUGAGAUUAACUUGAUUGGCGAAGGAAGUUACAGUUCAGUGUACAAAGGAAAGUUGAAACAAGUUAAAACAGAAAUAGCAGUCAAGAUACUUGACCUUGAGAUUCCAGGCGCUGAAGGAAGUUUUGCAUUAGAAUGCAAAGCACUGAGAGGCAUUCGUCAUAGAAACAUUGUACCUCUCAUAACUGAAUGCUCUGCAAUCGACAAGAAAGGCAAUAAUUUCAGAGCUCUAAUCUAUGCUUUCAUGCCUAAUGGGAACUUGGACACUUGGUUGCAUCAUCAAGGGAAUCAGGCAGCUAGAAAGCAUUUAGGCUUAGCUCAAAGAAUAAGCAUCGCUACUAACAUAGCUGAUGCACUGGACUAUUUGCACCAUGAUAGCAGGAGGCCCAUCAUCCAUUGUGAUUUGAAGCCGAGUAACAUACUCCUAGACAUUCAUAUCAAUGCUUGUCUGGGAGACUUUGGCAUCGCAAGGUUCUACGUUGAUUCUAAACUGAGAACAGUCGGAGAUUCAAGUUCAAUUGCUGCAAACGGCACUCUGGGAUAUAUGGCUCCUGGUAUAUAGUUGUUUGGCAUAUAAUUAUUUUUUCAAAGAGGUUUGCAUAUAAUUAUUUAGAGCUGAUGUGAUUAUUGAUUUGGUCUCUGUUCUUAGAGUAUGCUGAAAGCGGUCAUGCAUCUACUUGUGGGGACGUAUAUAGUUUUGGAAUAGUAGUCUUGGAGAUGCUGACAGGAAAAAGACCAACAGAUCAUAUGUUCAGGAAUGAACUCACCAUCGUCAAAUUUGUGGAAACGAAUUUUCCUGAUCACACAUUAAAUUUUCUGGAUUCCUGUCUGCGAGAUGAAUGCAAUGAUGCCGUCAACCAAGUAGCAGCAGGACCGGAGAAUCCGACGAUCUUUCAGUCCUUGUUAUCUUUGCUACGGAUAGCGCUUCUUUGUACACGCCAAUCCCCAACUGAACGGCUUAAUAUGAGAGAUGUAGCUAUCCAAAUGCAUAAAAUCAACAUGGUCAACACGGGAGGGAGAGUUAGGAGCUCAACUUCUUUUAGGAGACUUGUCAGCUGGGCUUCUCAA